CUAACUGGCUUCCUUUAUCUUCUGGUAAAUGAGUUUUCAUCGAAUAUACUCGGUGAAACAGGAAGUAAAAGAGGUACUAAAAAAAACAGUUAUUAUAUACAUACUUGCGCCUUUACCCAAUGCAAUAUGUAGUAGAAUGUCAGAUAUACAUGAUUUUAUUAAUGAUUCGCUUGGAAAUGGGGUUGAAAAUAUUGGACGAUUUAUUACAGGAAUUUUAAUUGUUUCUGGAAUUGCAUUGCCUAUAACACUUGAGCAUGUAGGUCUUAUUGUUAGACAUGCAACUAUUAUGAGUAUAUCGGGAGGCCUUUUAAUAUAUAUUACAAUUAUAAUUUAUUCGAAUAUAUUUAUGAAGGACAAUGCAGAAUUUUAA